AUAUCCACGUCGUUAAUGAAGACGAAGACAGAUUCCACGAUGCCGUGCGGAUGUUAUCUGUCCCAGAUUAUCACGAACCUGAGAGCUGCUUCUCCUGUAGGCGUGUGGUGUCGUGCGUUUGCGUGGCUGUGACCAGCCAGCGUGACGAGAGCUGGCAAGGACCGAGACAGACUGACAAAAGGUAGAGGCCGUUGCGCGACACCUGUCAGAUUUUGCAGGCCUGAGAGAUUCCCUUGACUAGGAAAGGGCACUUGCCGGGCAAAUAAUCGCCCGUGUUUGCUGUGCUGGCCGCGCCAUGUUGGCCAAGUUGCCUUUCCUACCUUCUAACAACUGUUUGACUUCAUUCACUGUGUCGGAGGCGAGGCCGAGUAACCCGAAAACAUCUGUCAUGUAGGGUGCCGAUGGUGUUUGAAGUGGCAUUUUUCUGUGGUUGUGCUUACUGAGGCAUAACAUAAUUUGCGUUCAGGGGACUGUCUGCGCACUUGUUUGUCGCAUUCGGCAAAUUGAUUUACGACUUUGCACACAAGUUUUCUAGUGGGAUACAGUGAGGUGACAGUGCACACUCCACGGAAUUAAUCCUUGGUGUUGGACCAAGCCAGCCGCUGUUUCCAUUCGGGAAAGCUUGUGAAUUGAUUCCUCCAAAGAGGGCUGCACCAGCCACACCUUGGAGAGGACAGAGGCCAUCCGAGAUGGAGAGGGAAGGGUCCGAGAUGGAGCGGAGAGGAAGCAAGAGAUUUCCUAAAUACAGGAGUAUCAUGCAAAGCCUGAAGCGCCGGCUGAGCUUCCGCAAGAAAAAAGAUCAUGUUCCUGAAUGUUCCAAACCACAUCAGUGGCAAGAAGAUGAAAAGAAAGUCCGUGAAGGUACCUGCAGCUUCCAAGUUCGAUACUUGGGCUGCACAGAGGUGUUUGACUCGCGUGGCAUGCAGGUGUGCGAAGAUGCUGUCAAAGCCCUCAAAGCUGGCAAGGGGAAGUACCAGAGAGCUGUGCUUUAUGUCUCCGGAGAUGCCUUGCGAGUGGUGGAUGAAAUUAGCAAGAGCAUGAUUGUGGACCAAACUAUUGAAAAGGUGUCUUUCUGUGCACCUGACCGGAACCAUGAAAAGGGUUUUGCCUACAUUUGUCGAGAUGGGACAACACGACGAUGGAUGUGUCAUGGCUUUCUAGCUGUCAGAGAGUCCGUGAGUGGAGAACGGCUUAGCCAUGCAGUGGGAUGUGCUUUCGCCAUUUGUUUAGAGAAAAAGCAAAAACGUGAUAAGGAAACAGGAGUCACAGUCACCUACAGCCAGGACCGCACAAGUUUCACUCGUACUGGCUCAUUCCGGCAGACCACACUCACAGAGCGUAUUGUGGACCCACAGAGUGCAAUAGUUGCAGUUGAGCCAGUCCCCGUUCGAAAGAUAGAAAACCCAUACGCUGUGCAGCGUCCCCAUGCUUCGAUGACGGCCUUGCAACGACAAGGCUCUUUUCGGGGCUUUGAGAAACUUCAAGAAACGUCAUCUCCUUUUAAACGGACGCUGUCGUUGCGGAUCAAUGACUUACCAUCAACAUUGCAGCGGCAGAAUGCUGUUCUAGAUUCCCCAACUCAGAAUGGAAAUGGAGCCAUAGGAGAAACGAUCCAUGAAGUAUCCCCGGAGCAUGAGGAUUCCAUUGCCCAGAUGUGCCAGCAGCUUACGCAGGGCUUAACAGCCAUGUCUUCAGACGAUUCCUCUGGACAGUUUGGAAGGCCAGGAGCAGGUGGACCAGCUCAAAGCAAUGUGGCAGCACCUCACCUAGUUCACCAAGCCUCACUACCAGCUUCAGGAAUACUAGCUCACCAGGCUGCUCUCAUGCGCCAACACACCUCACCGGCCUCACAAACUUUAGUGAUGGAUGGACGCAGCCAUGCACAGUCGGCAACCAACCCUUGGGCUAACUCUGUGGACCGUCGAGUUCCAGAUUCUGUACAUGGCGUGGCACCUUCAUGGUCCCAGGCAUCUGUUCAGUCACAGCCGCAAGUACAGCCUGGAGCCAACUCUAGCAAUCCAUUUGUGUCAUCGGCAGCCCACAAUGGUUUACCUGCAACCUUUGCAAUGCCAGUCACUAGCCCUGCAGCCACCCAGCAGCAGGAGAGGCAGCAGGUCUUGCAUCAUGGUCGCAGCCAUUCCAUAGACACUGGGGAGCUUGCUGGUAGGGGUUGGUCGCAGCCACAGAGACCAACUUUGCUGCAGAUGGCUCAUGAAGCAGGCAGUUUUCAGCAGCACAACGGUGCAGCAGCAUCUGCAUGGCCCACCACAACACCCCCACGAGCACAAGCAUCGUCCACUGGGCAGGUGGUUGAUCCUUUCGAUGUUGCCUGGGCAGCCAAGGCUGUGAACAAGUCGCCACCAAACCCUUUUGGUGGAAAACAGGUCAAACAGUUUGAAGUUCAGUUAUAACGCUGCGACAAAGAGACAGAAGGCUGUAAGACGUGUACUUCAUCCCAGAGGACUAUCAGCCCUCUGUGGCAAAUAGGAUAGUGUGGCAAGGCUGUGGUCUGGAAAUUUUAAGUGCAAGGAGAUCAACGAUAAUUGUGAAAACAAAGCAGUUGGUUUUAUCAGUCUUAAAGGCUAAAAUCUGGAUUGAUCAUGACUAGAAAAUUCUUUGUGUUCAAAAAAGAAAAAAGCAUCGUUGUCUUCAGUUUUACUAUUCCAGACUUUGGAGAUUUAAAGAUGUCCUGUAGAAAUCUGCAGCACUUUCAAGUGCAAGUAUUAGACAAAUUUUUCGUGAAAGAAUUUUAGUUAGAAGAAACCAGCAAAAAAGUAAAAAUCAAUUUUUUUUUUUCUUCUUUGAGGAAAAAAAGUUGCUGUUAUAAUUAAACUGCAGGUUAUGUGUUGUGCAAAAAAAAAAGUGGUGAGAAAUGCUGCUCCAUUAACAGUGAUCAAAAUACUGCAUUCACCUUAACCAGAAGAAGCAGGCAAAAAGGUGGACAAGCAAAUCUAUAAAUUAUUAAAAUGGAGCAAAUGUCUUGAGGCUUGAAAAGGGAAGGAACAUUUGGGGAGGCACAAAGAAAAGGAUGUGCUUUGUUGACCAAAGUGUGGAAGAAUCGUGAGACAUGUACAGAAACAAGUGUUGUGAUACUUGUACCCCUUGUAUAAACUUUCAGAUGGAUUCCCACAAUUAGCUUGGUUAUCUAAGGUUUCGUAACCCAGGUCUGGCAUGUAAACGCUGGUGGAGGGAGGGGUAAGAGAUAACUGGGCCUCAGAAUUUUUGCUGCUGAGGGGUCUGGCUGGGAGAUAGUUAUCCCCCUUUGUGAUAAUUUGCAGGAUGUGAUGCAUGUCAUCUUUGCUUUAUCCUUGCCUGCCUUUUUUUUUUUUUAAGUCUCAUCCUGUCCAUCUUGUGGAUUUCAAUUUGACUUUUUCAGACUGCUUACAGGGGCUACAAGUUUGUCUUAAAUUUAGAAAGUGUAGAAUAGAAGAUAUUUUUAAACCAGGGAUGAAUUUGUUUCUGUCUAGUAAUUAGAAAUUCCAUGCAGGUACUUGUUAUAAGGCGUCGGAUGAUUAAUUUCUUCUUCUUCCGCCAUAAAGGAGAUUUGUGAACAGCUGUUAAGCAGUAUUCGGUCCCCUCUUCUGCCCUGCAUUAAUCCUUCAUUCACUCUCAUAUGAAUGCUUUACUGUAAUGGCUUCGAAGCUGACGUCUGUUCGUCUGAUGGUUAUAUUAUCUUUUUGACUCUUACAUGUUUAUCAAAUAUGUCUGACAAGUAUGUAUAUGAGUGACCAAAAGGUUUUAGCUCCUUUGAGACAUUAAUUUGAUUUCCUGUAUGAAAGAAUCAUGAAAGUGAUGAAUAUAAUUUUGCUGCUUGAUUUAAGAUAAGGGUUGCUAUCAAAAGUACCUGUCUGAUCAUGUUGCUAGCCCAAUUCAAUUAUGAUUUUAGAGGUGCUUUGUGUAUAUCACUAUCAUGAGAGGAUUUAUGCAAAGAAUGAAGCUACACCACGAAUUGGGCACACAUUGUCUCUGUAUAUCUGUCACAUCGGGAUAACAUUAUAAAACAUUUAUGUCCAUGUAUUUUAUGUUUGCAGCAACUUUUUUCUUAUUAAAAAUGUUGCCAUUUUCAGUAUCAGGAGUUUACCAGUUACAAACUUAGUGUUGUGCUCACUCAAUACAUAAAAUUCUGCUUUUUUCUCAGGAUUUAAAAAGAAGCAAUUUAUAUUCUUUUCUCUUGGCAUUAACAAAGAUUAUGGCAUCUUGAUUGGAGAUUUUUUUUCAGCAGUUCCACAUUUUCUUUGUCACCAUCAACUUAUUACCCUCAGGGUUAUGCUCACAGAACCCCUUUUUCAUCGACCGUUCACAAGGGACAUUUGGCUGUUCUGUGGUCUAGACUAUUUGUCUGACUUAACCCGCUGGACGCAGGCAGUUCACUUUGUAAAUUUGACCACUAUCUGUUAACAGCACUGAUGACUGGUUGUGUACCAGGCCCAGAGUGUUAAUCCCAUUUUAUAUAUAUAUAUCUAUAUUGUUUGUAUUCCAAUUUUCACACAAAAAUCAGAACAGGUAUAAUGGUAUGAGUGGUGUGGUGAUAGUAUAGUUUCCUAGUUCCCCCACCCUACUUGCAAUGUCCCCUGUUCCCUGUGCUGCACAACAGAGGUUCAGCAUUGUCAUUUGAUAAUUUGUCAGUAGUUACAUACAGGAUGGCCCAUCGUGAUGGCUUAUUUUUUUGGUCUCUUGAGCAAUGAUUUUAACAUAUCUUUAACUGCAUUUGUGUGAGAAAAGAGCCAGCAUCACCAGAUCAUAGAAAACAGAGAAAUAGUGGAAGUUAUUACGUUUGUUUCAGAUUUUUCUUUUUAAUAUAAAGAAACCCGAGAAAUUAGCACAUAUUUACUGGUGAAUAACAUAGCAGUGUAGAGGCAGUAGGGAGAGUGCUGUCAGCUGUUUAUACUAUGCCUCUGUUUUCUUUAUUUGAUUUUUACAAUCUUAGAGAGCUCUGUACAUGAGAUAAAUGUAAAGUGAAACAACAAUAUAUGGCAAGACAAGUGAGGCUACUACUAAUCCCUCUCUCAAUAAGAUUUGCAUGUGUGUGGAUGAGAUAGUUAAGAAUAGGAAGAAAGUAUGCAUGGGUGCUUUAUUGGUGGUUGCAUCUGUAGCACUUGGCCAGAAUUAUUUAUGUACAGAGGAGAGUAGAAGCUUGUCCGAUAUCCCUCUUCUCUCUGUCUCUCCCCCAACCUCCCUGCCACCCUUAUAUCAGUCACGUCCCAUUAUUACCGUCCUGCUCAGACCAGUGGCUGUUAGAUUAUUGUCAGAACAAGUUGUUGCAACGCAUUGCUUGGUCCAAAAAUAAAAUUUUUCCUGAAAAGGAAAUGACUUUGAAGGGUUGCAAGAGAGGGCAAGUGUAUUUUGCAUUGGUGUAGGUGGUGGAUACCUGAGUGUAGAUGGCACAAAAAGAAAGCAAGAGGUUUGAGGGAAUUUGUUCUGAACAGCUGCUGUUUAUUCAUACUUUUCAUGUCAUGGAAUGCUCCUUUGGUGUGUGUGACCUGUGUAGAGUCCUACAUGCACUUUCACAUAUGCAUUGUAAAAGAAUGAUCAUGAAGUACAACCAAAGGAUAAGUACAUUUUGUUUCAUCAAAGUGCAUUUAAAAUAUUGUUUAAUAUGGUUGUAGAGAUAGGGUACAUGAAGAUUUCCCUUCUAAACAUAUAUUGCAGAUGGCCAUUGUUUUAUUCACUGUCACCACAAAUGGAGUAGGGAAGUUUCUUAAUUUAAAAUUGUUAUGAUUUGCUGACAAGAAAUUAUGUAUAAGAAAAGCUUUCAAAGUUAAUCCUAUGGCUAUCAAUGUAUGCAUAAAUGUAGGACACUCGACAAAUGAAAAAGGUAGUUGCUGCGUUACAGCAGAUUUUGUACCAAGUAUAGGGUUUUUUUUAUUAGCAGAAUCUUCUGAUUUCAGUUCUUCAGUUUUCUUUCUAAGUUAUAAGAAACCACAGUUGUGUAUUGUCAUAAUUUCUUUACAUUGUUAGGCUUUGACUUCCCAUAGGUAAUAGCAGCAUCUUUGCCGUAGGUUUAACUCUAGAAUGUGAUUGCAUAACUCCACUUUUUGAUACCUUACUCUUUUUCUAGACUUUUCUUGGAAUUAACUCUGUAAGAUUCUUGUUCUGUUCCUAGUGUAGCAUAAAAGUGGGGAAAGUGUCAAAUUUACAGCGCCUGCUGGUAUCCCCCAAUCUUUAGGAGAAUUUAAAAUUCUGAUUCAAGUGAUUUGAGCAACCCAUGAACGAUCAACUUAUGCCAUCUCUAAUGGAGUUCAUUUAUAUUUUUGAAAUUUCUGUUAAAUAAAAUGAUUAAUGCAACCCCUAACAUUGAUUUUCCUAGAAUAUGUGCAAAAGUUAACCUGACUGUAAUGUGGUUUGGACCAUGUAAUUGGGCUCACAGGCAGGUGUUUUUUAAAUUAUUUGAAUCCUGUCUUACCAGGAAAGACCAGUGGUGGUCUGCCAAUGCAGUCUUGUUAGAUAAUGCUAAUGCGUGGUUAUUCAAAAGAUGGAGCGGCCUGUAGUCUGUACUUAGGGUGGCACUUCACUUUUCUCUAAAAAUAGAGCAGACAGAAUAGUAUUUUAUGUCACAUGGAAUACAGCAGUCAUACUCAGGAUUGUAGACUGCCGCUACCUACCAUGAACAUUCACCAAUUUCGGAACUAUUGUCCUGGUGAAAGCUUCGAAAUGCAUUUGCCCUUUAAACAAAUUUUAUUCCACUUGCCAUUUUGUGCUCUCAAAUGAAUUAGAUUCAUUGAGAAGACUCAUAGUCUGCUUUAGAACAUCCUUUACAAUUCUGAAAAUUGGUUGAGGUGGACGGAUGGACAUGCAUCAUUUUACUCUCAGAUUUGUGAUACCAGCUUGUUUUCCCCCCUUUACCCUCGCCCUCAUCUCAAGUGUCUUGGGUUUUUUUCCUUUAAAAAAAUUUGUCCAGCAAGUUAGUACAACAAUCAGGUAACAUUUCUUUCAGGGGUUAUUAUUAUUGUUGGCUUUGAGUAGAGUGUAGGGUAACUUGGCUCAAUUGUGACCUUGAGGGCCAGAUUUAGUGUGUGUGCGUAACUGUUUUUCUUACAUAUCAUGGGCUUGGAUCGUGCAGUGGAUUUUCUUUCUCGUUCAUGUGAGGAAGAGCCACUGAGUUAAAAAUAAGGAAGUUUUACACAACAGUGUGCAACAUUGUAAUAGAACAUUUUAAUGAUUUUAUAUGAUUUAUUGGGUGCUGACAAGAAAUAAAUGCUUGAUGCUUUGGUACAAGAUGAAAGCACCCCUUGAGAAUGGAGUUUCAAAUGCUUCAUGUCUUUGAAAAUAUGUUCACUGUUCCUGUUAUCUAUGUUUGAAUGAAGCAACUUACUUGUCCAGUUGUUAGAUGUAGAGUCCUGCUUUUAUCAGCUGAUUGCAAACAUAAAAUGGCAACAUUUCUGGCAGAGAGUGAUUGUUGUCCAAAAAUCUGCUGUGAGAUUCUUUCACUUUAUUCUUCUCUAAUAAUGAAAGCUGAAGGGAGGGAAGGAAAAUCUAAUCCAAAGGAUGUCCCUUCAACCCAUCCAACUCCACUAAAAAUAUUGAGUGGCAUGACUGAAUUGAAGCAUGUAUGAUGUGGAGAAUAUAUAUAUUAUGUGUUGUAUGCCUUUCUUAACUGGCAUUUGAACACAUCUGGGGCCGGCCUUUGCUCUUCCCCACCAUCUCAACUGAAAGAACAACCUUGCCUUCACCCUCCAUUCUUAAGGUUUCAUGCAGCCACUAAUUAUCACCCAAACUGAUUGUCCCUCCUGGGCUAAAACACCAACUGCCAAAGGUCUCUGGACGAGGGUGAUUAUGAGAAAAAAAAUUGUUCUGUUUGUAGUUGCCUCUAUUAUAAAUGUAUUGUCCCCACUCACAGAGUAUUGUUACAAUAUACUCCAGCACCUCUUUCUAGUUCAAAUGUCAGUAAUAAUAAAAUACUUUCUUAGUUUUCUUGCACCGUUUUCAUUCUGCAGACAAAAACAUCUUCAUGGUUGUAAACUGGCUUAUUUUAUGGAUGGAUAUUUACAUAUAUAUAGAUAUAUACUUGUGCUAAAUGCCCAUGCCUGUUUCCUAUUCAUUUUUAUAUUUGUACUAGUUGCUUUUCUAGACCCACUCAUCCCGCCUUGAGUAUCUUAUGAUGGGUUUAUGCACUAGGUUCAGUGUACUCAUGGGCAAAAGAUUCUAACCAUUUGCCAGAUUUUGUAAGAAACAUCUUAACCAAGUUAAUGCGAACUGUUGACGGUGUUGUCAAAGGGUUCAAGUUUAGCAUAGUCACACAGUUUCUUUCUUUAAACCCUGUUUGUGAUACCCUUGUAUGGACAUCACCUCACUGUUGCAGGCAGCCCAUUGAAUUGACAGCUGCUUUUGUUUUGGCUCUGAUGUACAGGUCUGAAAUGAUUCAUAUGCAAAAUAGCCAAGAAAAUCCUCAUUUACUGAUGUGCAGUGAGUGAUCUUCAGACAGAACAUUUAAGCAUGCAGACCUGAUGAAGCAGUGUUUGAGCACUGUGGUCUGCGGAGUCCACACUGUGUUUGCUGGUGGAGGUGUCUGUGCAGUAUAUUUGGAUUGUUGUAAGUUGGCACAGCUGAUACAGUUCUUCAGCUUUUGCUGUGGUGUGUAAAAGAGGUCAGUCUUGGUUUGACAACAGCUUCCUUACUGGUGGUCCUUCACUAGCCAGGAAACAAACCUGCUGCGAGUUUCAAGAUGCUAUUUAUGUUACGUUGUUUUAGUUGAUUUCUGUAACUCAUGUGCAGGAAGUGGCCACAAGCUGUAAUGUUAGUUGAUGUCGACCAAGACUGUACCCUAAAACUUUUCAGCCAUAUCAAAGGAGAAAUUUGCAUCUGCAAAGACAAUCUGAUCCAGUUUAGAGGUAAUCACACAUUUGUCACAUAACAUUUGACCUUUCAUUGGAAUGAAAUAAAACCAUUAGAAUGUGGCAUUAGCAUGAAGGCAUUUCUUGAAACUGCCAGACGUGGUUGAAAAGAAAAGCACAGGUCACUUCACCCAAAAACAUUUAUCGCUUUGCAACGAUUCUGCAAGUCAACACUAUUUCAUCAGCUCAUUUCUGGAUGCUUGGCAAUAUUGUGGCUGCUAAUCCCAUGUCCUGUGACUACCUUCAUGUUUUACUUUGCAUUUUUCAAAUGUAUAGCAGUGUAUAUUGUAACUAUUCUGUCUUUAUCUGCUACACUGUUCUGUAAAAUUGAAAAAAAAAGUUGUUGGAAACAU